ACGUAAGAGUGAUAAGUGACGCAACAGACGUUGUAUAAAUUUCGGCCCCGCCGAGCCGGAGCACUUAGAAGCGACUGGCAUUGUUGGCUUCCUGUGUCGUCUUGGAGGCGACGCGGCGUGAUUGAAUUUGAGGCAUCUUCGCUUUCACUCACAGGUCAAAAUGCAAAUCUUCGUGAAGACCCUGACCGGCAAGACCAUCACUCUGGAGGUGGAGCCCAGUGACACCAUCGAGAACGUGAAGGCCAAGAUCCAGGAUAAGGAAGGCAUUCCUCCUGACCAGCAGAGGCUCAUCUUUGCCGGCAAGCAGCUGGAAGAUGGCCGCACUCUUUCUGAUUACAACAUCCAGAAAGAGUCGACCCUGCACCUGGUCCUUCGUCUGAGGGGUGGUAUGCAGAUCUUCGUGAAGACCCUGACCGGCAAGACCAUCACCCUGGAGGUGGAGCCCAGUGACACCAUCGAGAACGUGAAGGCCAAGAUCCAGGAUAAGGAAGGCAUUCCUCCUGACCAGCAGAGGCUCAUCUUUGCUGGCAAGCAGCUGGAAGAUGGCCGCACUCUUUCUGAUUACAACAUCCAGAAAGAGUCGACCCUGCACCUGGUCCUCCGUCUGAGGGGUGGUAUGCAGAUCUUCGUGAAGACCCUGACCGGCAAGACCAUCACUCUGGAGGUGGAGCCCAGUGACACCAUCGAGAACGUGAAGGCCAAGAUCCAGGAUAAGGAAGGCAUUCCCCCUGACCAGCAGAGGCUCAUCUUUGCCGGCAAGCAGCUGGAAGAUGGCCGCACUCUUUCUGAUUACAACAUCCAGAAAGAGUCGACCCUGCACCUGGUUCUCCGUCUGAGGGGUGGUAUGCAGAUCUUCGUGAAGACCCUGACCGGCAAGACCAUCACUCUGGAGGUGGAGCCCAGUGACACCAUCGAGAACGUGAAGGCCAAGAUCCAGGAUAAGGAAGGCAUUCCCCCUGACCAGCAGAGGCUCAUCUUUGCCGGCAAGCAGCUGGAAGAUGGCCGCACUCUUUCUGAUUACAACAUCCAGAAAGAGUCGACCCUGCACCUGGUCCUUCGUCUGAGGGGUGGCUGUUAAUUCUUCAAUCUUCUGUUCAUAAUGCCCAAUGGUGGCAUGUUCUGCACUCUAGCCAUUUACCCCAAUUUAAGUUUAGAGAUUACCGGUUUCAGUAAUAGCUGAACCUGUUCAAAAUGUUAAUAAAAGUUUUCUUGCAUGGUA